GUUGCGCUGGUGACGGGAGGACGCGCGGCCGCGGCGGACGGGGCGGCGGACCCGGCCAGCGGCGGCGGAGGAGGCGCGCGCUGAGCGGGCGGCGGCGGCGGCUGCAGUGUUGCGAGCAGCUCCCGCGCGGCGGGCGAGCCGGGAUGAGGGGUUAUGGCGGCGCGGCCCGCGCGCAGCCUGCGGGACGACGCCUUCCUGACUGAUGCUGGAGGGCGUCCUGAUGACCGGCUGACGGCCGUCCCCCUGGGUCCUGAAGGAGAGGCUGCCAUGUCCCAGGCACAGGACUACGAGUGCGAGAGCCAGCAUGCCGGCCUGCUGGAGCCCCGGGCGUCCGGGCCCAGCGCGAGGCUGGAGUGGGUGGAGAUCAUCGAGCCGCGCACACGCGAGCGCAUGUACGCCAACCUGGUCACCGGCGAGUGCGUGUGGGACCCGCCUGCCGGCGUUCGCAUCAAGCGGACCAGCGAGAACCAGUGGUGGGAGCUCUUCGACCCCAACACGUCACGCUUCUACUACUACAACGCCAGCACCCAGCGCACUGUGUGGCACCGGCCGCAGGACUGUGACAUCAUCCCACUGGCCAAGCUGCAGACCCUGAAGCAGAACACGGAGUCGCCGCGCGCCUCGGCAGAGAACAGCCCCGGGCGGGGCAGCAGCGUCAGCCGCGAUGGCAGCACCAGCUCGUCCCUGGAGCCCGAGCUGGACACCGGCGACAGGGCGCAGGAGUUGGUGGGCCGCGCCAGCCGGCAGGCUGCACCAGGGGUGGUGAAGGACGAGAGUGGCAGCUCCUCACCGUCAGGAGCGCUCCUCGAGAAGGACUACGAGGUUUACCGGGACUACAGCGCGGACGGCCACCUUCUCCACUGCAGGACUUCCUCUCUCCGCUGGAACUCGGGCACCAAGGAGCGCAUGCUCAUCAAAGUUGCCGACAGGGAGCCCAGCUUCCUCUCCCCCCAGGGCAACGGCUACACCCUGGACAGCCAGCCUGGGGGUCGCUCCCGCAGACCCUCUGGAGGACAGCACUCGCCCAGCCUGCAGACCUUCACCCCUGACGCGGACAGCCCCGUCUUCUUCCCAGAGAGGAGGCCGUCGCCUUUCCCGAAGAGGGCUGAGCUAGGGAGCUGCUCCCCGCUCCUGGCCCAGCCCCGCCGGCCAGCUGGAGACUCGCAGCCUUCCUCACCCCGCUACGCCUACGAGCCUCCCCUCUAUGAGGAGCCCCCUGUGGAGUACCAGGCCCCGCUCUACGACGAACCCCCUAUGGAUGUGCAGUUUGAGGCCGGCUCGCCCCGGCGGUCUCCUGGCCGCAAGCCACCCAAGCCGGCCUCCGCGUCGCCCUACCAGCAGCUGGUGCUCACCAGGCAGAAGUGCCCUGAGCGCUACCUGAGCCUGGAGUACAGCCCUGCUGGCAAGGAGUACGUGCGGCAGCUGGUGUACGUGGAGCAGGCCGGCUCCAGCCCCAAGCUGCGGGCAGGUCCGCGGCACAAGUACACGCCUCACCCGGGGGGCGGCUCCCUGUCCCUGCAGCCCAGCCCCUGCCUGUUGCGCGACCAGCGCCUGGGGGCCACGUCCUCGCUGGGGGUCAUGUCUGGGGACUACAGCAGCAUGGAGGGGCCUGAGCUGCGGCCCGCCCUGCCGCCCACGCCCCUGCCCCAGGCCCAGGAUGAUGCCAUGUCCUGGUCUAGCCAGCAGGACACCAUGUCUUCGACGGGCUACUCCCCCGGCACGCGCAAGAGGAAGAGCAGGAACCCCUCUGUGUGCCAUGCUCCCAGCGCCCCGCCUGCCGAGGGCCCCGGGGACUGCGACCCGCUAGGCCAGCAGCCCCUGACGGAGGAGCGGCCUCUGUGUGGACCCGGCCUGAUGCCCACGAAGCGCACGGAGGGGGAGGCGGGGGACGGGGAGGGCCCCCGGGGCCCGGCUGAGCCCUUCUUGGCGCAGGCCCGGCUGGCCUGGGAGGCACAGCAAGCCCAUUUGCACAUGAAGCAGAGGGGCAGCUGGGACUCGCAGCAGGACGGCUCGGGCUACGAGAGUGACGGGGCCGUGCCGCUGCCCAUGCCUGGGCCCGUGGUGCGUGCCUUCAGUGAGGAUGAGGCGCUGGCCCAGCAGGAGAGCAAGCACUGGCAGAGGGGUGCCUUGGACAGGCUCGCCUUCCCGCAGGUCCUGCUCGAGAAGAGCGUCUCUGUGCAGACCAGCCUGGCCUCCCCGGAGCCCUACCUGCACCCCUCUCAGUCUGAGGACCUUGGCACCUGUGCCCAGUUCGAGAGCAGCCGGCAGGCCCGGAGUGUGAUGCCCAGCGCCAGCUGUGUGUUCCCCACCUUUACGCUCCGCAAGCCAUCCUCGGAGACAGACAUCGAGAACUGGGCCUCCAAGCACUUCAACACCCACACACAGGGCCUCUUCCGGCGGAAGGUGUCCAUUGCCAACAUGCUGGCCUGGAGCAGCGAGUCCAUCAAGAAGCCCAUGAUCGUGACCAGCGACCGCCAUGUGAAGAAAGAGGCCUGUGAGGUCUUCAAGUUGAUCCAGAUGUACAUGGGUGACCGGCGUGCCAAGGCAGACCCGCUGCACGUGGCCCUGGAGAUCGCCACCAAAGGCUGGAGCGUGCAGGGCCUGCGGGACGAGCUCUAUAUCCAGCUGUGCCGGCAGACCACCGAGAACUUUCGCCUCGAGAGCCUGGCCCGCGGCUGGGAGCUCAUGGCCAUCUGCCUGGCCUUCUUCCCACCCACGCCCAAAUUCCACUCCUACCUGGAGGGCUACAUCUACCGGCACAUGGACCCUGUCAACGACACCAAAGUGACCCAGCACAUGAAAGCGCUCCUGGAAAGGAACACUAAGAAGAAGUCCAAGUUGAGAAAGAAACCCAAGCCUUAUGUUGAGGAGCCGGAUGGGGUGGCAAUAAGCACAUAUGCCAAGUACUGUUACCACAAGCUGCAGAAGGCAGCCCUGACCGGGGCCAAGAAGGGACUGAAGAAGCCCAACGUGGAGGAGAUCCGACAUGCCAAGAACGCGGUCUUCAGCCCGUCCAUGUUUGGCAGCGCGCUGCAGGAGGUCAUGAGCAUGCAGAAGGAGCGCUACCCUGAUCGGCAGCUGCCCUGGGUGCAGACCCGGCUGUCAGAGGAGGUGCUCGCACUCAACGGUGACCAGACGGAAGGCAUCUUCAGAGUACCUGGGGACAUUGAUGAAGUGAAUGCCCUGAAGCUACAAGUGGACCAGUGGAAGGUGCCUACAGGCCUGGAGGACCCCCACGUCCCAGCGUCGCUGCUGAAGCUGUGGUACCGGGAGCUGGAGGAGCCCCUGAUCCCGCACGAGUUCUACGAGCAGUGCAUCGCGCACUACGAGAGCCCGGAGGCCGCUGUGGCCGUGGUGCACGCGCUGCCCCGCAUCAACCGCCUGGUGCUGUGCUACCUCAUCCGCUUCCUCCAGGUGUUCGUGCAGCCUGCCAAUGUGGCCAUCACCAAGAUGGACGUCAGCAACCUGGCCAUGGUGAUGGCGCCCAACUGCCUGCGCUGCCGCUCAGAUGACCCACGGGUCAUCUUUGAGAACACUCGCAAGGAGAUGUCCUUCCUGCGCGUGCUCAUCCAGCACCUGGACACCAGCUUCAUGGAGGGCGUGCUAUAGCGCGUGGGCACCGAGGGACCGAGGGUGGGGACAGAGCCUGCCCGGGUGCGCCUGGGCAGGGGUCACGCGGGGAGGGGGGAGGGGAAGCCCCAGACGCGGAGGUAGCAUGCCGGCUCCGCCCAUGCCCGCCCCAGCCCUGGAACCCCCAUCGCCCCUACCUGGGCCCUCGGCCUGAAGGCGCAGCCGGGGCUGAGGGGCAGAGGGAAGGGCGCCUCCGCCCCGCCCCCGGCCUCUGGCUGGUUCGUUAGGCGCGGCCCCGCCCAUCGCCAGCCGCCGGUCGGCCGCGAGAAAGUGCCUUCUGUUUCCUGGAGCCAAGUGACACUGCCCCUCCCGGCCGGCCCCAGAGCACAAGCCGCCCUCCCUGGGGCAAGCCGUCUCGCUGGGGUGCUGCGCUCAGCCUGGUCCCGGCCCGGGCCCAGCCCGGCUACCCCUCCCUUCCUCUGCCCUCCCUCUGACCUGGGGGUCUCCUGGUCUGCGACUUUCACCCUCCCCAAUUUUCCCUCCCCUCUACCCUACCCCCCGCCUCCUGUGGCUUCAGCGUGGUGACUGCACAGGAAUUUGGGGUCUCCAGGGCUCUGGGCUGUCCACCACCAGAGCAGAGUCCGGCCGGUCCAGGGCCCAGUAGGCUCUCUGGGCGGGAAGGAGCCUCCAAGCCAAAGUCCUCCGGGGUGGGGGGCAGGGUUGGGCAGGCAUUCUUGGGGCAGGGUGGGGGAGGGGCGAGAAUAUUUUUUCUUCGUGUAACUAUAAAUUCAGAAUCUAUCCCGCAUCCCAACCCCCCUGUGUAUAGAGAUAUAAAUAGAGCGAAAGAUACAAGAACUAAAUUUGCUAAUGACAUAAUCUUAACCCAAAUGCUAUUUAUUUCUGAGUCGUCCUCCCCCAUCCUCUGCAGACAAGUUGCUAUCUAUCAUUCCUUCAUUUUCUUCUCCACCUUCUUGGCUUUGACCAAAAAGCGAAUCCUGCCCUACCCCCGUCCAAGACCUGCAGCAGAUGAGAGGGCAGGAGCCCAGAGCGGGGGACCAGAGGGGAACCAGAGACUGUCCUUCCUCGAGGCCAGAGCGCGUGCGACCGGCAGGGUGAGGAUAGGGAGGCGGAGGUACCUAGACUCUACAUUUUCCAUUUUGGAAUUUUGAGUUCCAAUCGUUGUAAAACCUAAUUUACCCCCAGUUUAUAUAUAUAUAUAUUUUUUAGAGUUGAGUUUUUAUUUAUUAUUAAAAACAAAAAAGCCCAGCCCUGCCGAGGCCCGGUGUCCCCCUGGGAGAAGGUCCUCGGUCCGGUGGUCUCGAGGCUUGGGUACCGCCAGCCCGGCCAAAGACUCGCUCUGACGCAUGGACUCGAGAGAUGAAAACACUUUGUGUGAAUAAAGUACGUGUGGACACUU